AUGUAUGCUAGAGCACAGGUAAUGACUGACAUAAUGUACUACACAGCUGACAUUGAUACUGCUAUUGGUGCAAGAACUAUCGAUAGGAAACAGCGAUGGGAAAAAAUUAGGAAGGAAAUAAUUUCAAAGUCGAAGAAACGAGGUUAAUG